AUGAGGGACCUUGGAGAUGGUAAGGGUGGUUAUGUGGCAGACGCAUUAGGGAGAACCAUGUUAGUUCCCACCGACGUGGAUGAGUUGAAGAAAAUAAGGAUGCAGGAGGUUUUCCUCAGUACGAAGAGGUACUUAGGCAUGGCUCUUCAGGCCACCUAUAGGAUGGAGGAGGAAGUGAACAAGCGGAGUAAGGCGGCCGAGAAUGAACGCUCCAAGCGCCUAGAGGCCACGCAGACUCUCAAAGCUUCCGAGGACGACCUCGCCAAGGCCAAGGUUGCCUUAAAGAAAGCUAUCCGAGAUAGGGAUAGCGCCUCGGCGGGUUUAGAUGGCGCCCAAAAACAGGCCGAGGAACAGACAAAACGUCUACUCAAAGCCGAGGAUCAGUUGCGAAUAGCCAAGGAGCAGAUCAGUGAUUUAAAGAAGAGACUGAUCCUGGCAGAGAAUGAUAAAGGCGUGACGGAGUAUGCCCGGGACGAAACCAUACGGGCCAAGCGGGAGGCUGAGUUUGCCAGAAACGAGGCUGAGGCUGCCAAGGAAACGGCUGAGGAUGAGGGUUACAACGCGGGGGUAGCUGAAACCCAAGCCUCCCUUAAAGCCCAAAUUCCCAGAGUAUGCAGGCUAUACUGCUCACAGGUUUGGGAAGAGGCCUUAAAGCGAGCUGGGGUGGAUGCUUUGUCUGAUUUGUGGAAAGCGGAGAACAUAUUCUACCCUACAGCCAUCCGUGAGGCCGCCUCCACCAGCUCCGAGGUUGUGAGCGACCAACAUGAGGAAGGGGUCACUCAGUCGGAAGCUGUACAGGUCGGCGCCUCUCCUGGCGAGCCGCUUAAAGGGGGAGAGCUUCAGGAUGUGAAAGAAGCCCCUGAGCGUAUGGAUCCUGAGGUACUCAAAGAGGAUGCCGAGCCUGUGGUCGGCGCUCAGAUCCCUGAUGCCGAAGAGCCAGCCAUACUUGCCUAG